ACAAAGUUUGUUCUGUGGUUCUAUUGUCUGUGAUGAUAGUGAGUAUCGUUGUCACUGGACGGUCAGUACUCAAGGUUUUUAGAUUAUAGUCUAUAAUCUAUAAUCUAAAAAGUAAAAACUUAAAACCAAGGUGUUAGGAAAACACCUUGCUUGAAAUCUUCAACUUUGCUACUCAGUACUCACUAGUCACCACGGUCUCAGAACUUAGAAGACUUAGUCACUGUCUCACUACUCUACUCAGUACUCACCAAAGGUAUACUUAUCUAUGGUACUCACUACUCUACUCAGUACUCACCAAAGGUAUACUUAUCUAUGGUACUCACUACUCACUACUUCACUUCACACAUAGACCGAUGACUUGGCUUUAGCCAACAAAAAAGCAAUAUCAAUUGCCACUGACUGGCUAAAACAAAAUAUCUAAACAUUUAUUUUAUAUUUAUAUUUUAACCUACUUAUUUUUGAAUUACUUACUGUAUUUAUAAAUGUAACAGCACUAUAAGAAGAAGACUUCUCACCUGUGCACUGUUGUGCAACAUUGCAUCGAGUGCAAGUUGAAUUGUUGCAACAGUCCGCACUUGGCAUCUAGCUACAGCAGUCUAUGGUUCAAUUUCAAAUCUAUAUUUUCACUGUGACACUAUGUAUUGAUUAUUCGCCAAUAGGUACGUUGGAGCCUGUUAAGAAAGCCGACACUUUUUUGUUAUGAAAGUAAUUUACUUCAAUAUAUGUAAGUAUGUAAUAACUAAAUACUAGUUACUGUAGUAGUAUUAAUUAAAUUAUUCAACUAUCACUUUACCAUAAGUUCACACUUCAUACCAAUAUGACCAAUACAAAUAUAAUAUGAUUAUUUAUACUCAAUAAUAUAAAAUUAUAUUAAACCUAGUCCUAGUGUAUAUUAUAAAUUAUAAUAUUUAUAUAUAUUUAUUUUUAUAAUUUUUCAUUUUUUCCAUAGUAAAAAUCAUUUUGAAUAAUGAAAAGAUUAAAAAGAUUAUUAUACAACCUUGAACUUGCCUACUUAUUCAAAUCUCAACAAAAAUUUAAUGAUAUAGGUAUAAUAAAAAAUUACAUAUGCGCCCUGGAUAUUCCUCACUUAUAAAUAUAAUACACUUUUACAAUUUAUUUUAAAAAAUUAUUUUAUAACUAAAGAAGACAUUGUUUUUCAUGUAAUAUUAGCGAAUGAACAAAAAUAAUUUAAAGAAUACUUUACAGUGUGCACUAGUAUUACCAUUGAUAACAACAAAUAAUGCAACAAUAUUACAUUUUACUUAAUAUUUUAAACUAGGUAGGUCAAUAAAAUAUAAUAAGCAAUCAUAUUAUAACUGGUACCUAUUUCUUACUUGCCAUGGGAGAGCAGUGGCAACAUUUGGGAGGGCCUGAGUGGGCAUUUUCCUCCUACUCUUGUUAUUUUCGGGCCGGGCAUGGGCUAGUUUUGGGCCUUCAUAAUAGGUAAUAUAUUUAGGUAUCCACAAAAUUAGAAUUUCUCCUUAUUUUAAAGGAUAUUAUUGUAUUGUAUUGCUGUUUAUUUCUUCAAAAAGAUAAUGGGCCCCACUAACCAGGUUCGUGCGGAGGCCCAUAUUAUACCAUUGUAUUAUAAAAAAAAAUGUAAUGUUUAAAAAAUAGUUAAAUGGAUUUUGUUAAUUAUUGUUUCAGAUUAAAAUUUUAAAUAUGCUACCUGCAGAACGUCAAGUUGAUUCUGAUUCUGAUGAGAGUAUAGAUCGUUUUCCCAGAAAAAAAACUAAAAUAUCAGAUAUAAAUGAACAAUCAUUUGAUAGAGAUAUUUCAAUUGAUGAAGGUAGUCAAAACUAUGAUGAAAUUGAAUUGGAUAAUUAUUUUGAUCACAAAAAUCUAAAUUUGAGCAAUCAUCAGACAGUAUCUUCUGAAGGAUCGGAUGAUGAUGAUGAUGAUUAUAAUGUUAAUAAAUAUGAAGAUAGUGAAAGUGAAGAUUAUGUACCUAUUUCAGAUGGUGAAUUUGAAUUAGAAAAGUAUGUAAUAAAUGAAACAAAUUCUAAGUCUAGUGAUAUUGAAAAAACUGAUGGAGAAUCUGUCAAAGAUGGUGGUGGUGCCAAUGAUUUUAAUAAUGAUGAAGAAAGAAUGGCUAGAACCCAUAAAUCCAUAGGUAUAGAUAAUGAUGAAUUAUAUGAUUUACUAGACAAAGCAUAUAAAGACAAAAAUAAAACCCGCAGUGAACAUAAAAAGAAAGCUGUUACUCAAGAUGACUUUAAAGAAUAUGAAAAAAUUGUGUUAGAGGAAGUGUGUAAAAAUCAUUUUGAUAUUUUGCCUGAAAAUUGGAUUGAAGCAACUCAUAAAAGUGGCAUGCCUAUUUAUUUACACAAGAAAAGUAGAGUUGUAACAUUAUCAAGACCUUAUUUUUUGGGACCAGGUGAUCCUAAAUCACAUUUAGCCCCAUUAUCAGCAAUUAGUUGCUUACAAUAUCAAAAAGGUCUUGAGAAUAAAGAAAUUAUAAAAAAUGAACCUGAUUUUCAGAUUAGUAAACUUGGUGAUAUGAUUAUACCAAAUGCCAAAGUGGAGACUGCACAAGAAAAUAUUAUUAAAGAAUCUUUAACACAUGUGGAGUUGCGGGAAUAUUGUCAAUCACUAUUUAAGUUCAAGGUUAAAGAAGUGAAAUCUCCUAGUAAAAUGCCGAAAGAUCAAAGUAUAAAAACGGAAAUUUCUAGAGGCACACUAAAAAAUACCAAAGAAAGACCUUCGCUUCCAGAUAGUACUAAAUUGAUAUCAUUUCCUGUUCAAACCGAGGACCACGAUAAACGGUGUAAUCGUCGUCGAGAAUGGAUAAUGAAUCCAAAUGGUAAAAGUUAUGUGAGCAUAUUACAUGAAUAUUUACAACAAGCAUUGAAAACCCAACCUUGGUAUGAGUUUAAAGAACUUGAAAAUACAGAAACACCUUAUUCUGCAACUGUUGUGCUUAAUGAUGUUCAAUAUGGUGUUGGUUUGGGUAAUAGUAAGAAGCAAGCCAAACUUAAUGCUGCCCAAGCCACUUUAGAUAUACUCAUACCUGAAAUGAAAAAUAAAAUAGAUUCAGAUAUCAAAAACCAACGUGAUCCUGUAAUAUUUGACCAAAUUAAAGUCACCGACCCCAGAAUUACAGAAUUCUGUGCUAAAACCACAGAACCUAGUCCAUAUGCUAUGUUAUUAGUGUGUUUGCAAAGAAAUUUUGGUGAAUGUGAAAUAGGUAUUGAAUAUAAAUUGAACAAUCGUCGUAGGAUGUUAAACCAAUGUACAAUGAUGGUUGGUAAACACACAGCUUCCGUUGCUUGUAAAAAUAAAAGGGAUGGCAAACAAAAAGCUUCUCAAGUAAUACUUGGUUUAUUACAUCCACAUAUUGAUAAUUGGGGUUCGUUGUUACGGCUUUAUGGUAACCGGAGUAUUAAGAAUGCUAAAGAAAAAAAACAAGAAGAGCAAGAAAUCACUCAGCUCCAGAGUAAAGCCGCUGUGAAUCAACCAAAUUUUGCCAUACUAAAUAAACUUAAAGAAGAAAUGUUAAAAAUUAGGGACCAAAGAAAAUUAAAAGAAACUAAUGAAAUGUUAGGAUUACCUCAGACAAUGUUUGCUACAACAUGUCCAUAUACCAUAGCAAUUCCAUCAUCAUCCACAAGUCCUAACUAAUAAAUAAUUUUAUUUAGUUUAUAUUUCUCCAUGCUAAGGUUUAUUAACAACCAUUGUAUUAAACACUUGUACCACCGUAUUAACAUUUAAUUCAAAUGUUUUGUUCCUAAAAUUAUUUAAGUAUGGCUGAAUGGCUGAUGUUAAUAUUAAUAUAAUAUAUACCUAUACCGUAAGGUGUUUUAUUUGUUUUGUUAAUUUAUGUUGAUUAGUUGUACACUAUUAUUAUUUUGAUUUAUGAGUACAAUCUUUGUUAUAGUAUGUAAAUAAAUAAUGUAUAUUUGAAAUUA